AUGAAUUAUCACGAGCAAACGCCUGUGAAUGGAGACCACAAGAACAAACAACAGCUGCUUUUGUCAUCAGAAAAUGACGCCAAACAUACUCAUCUGAGGCAUUCAAUACCUUUACAAUCAUUACUUAAGCCCGACUCUUUUGGUCUUGUUAUUGUGGCGGAUCUGGACAAGAAAUCCAAGGAUGAGAGCAGCAAGAAACUGCAAUUUAUGUCGUACCUCAUGCACGCUACACUUAAAAUCACGUCUGAUAGUUCUAGCUCACAAGUGAAACAUGACGUGUACUCUGUUACGUUUGGAGAAGAGACAAAAUUUACGACAUACAUGAAUGAGGCUGGACGUGGCUUUGAGCUCAGUGAAUUGGUGUGGUUUAAUAGCAAGCUGCUGGCGUUUGAUGAUCGCACAGGUAUUGUCUUUCGACUCGAGCACUUUGAAGGUGGUUGCAAGUCGAAACCUUUGCAAGCUAUCCCAGAACAUAUUGUCAUGGAAGGAGAUGGCAUUACUGGUAAGGGUCAGAAACACGAGUGGGCCACGGUCAAGGACGGUGAGCUGUACAUGGGCAGUGUUGGCAAGGAGUUCACGGACAGCAGUGGCAACAUCAUCAGCGAUGGAAACCUGUGGGUUGCUAUUAUGGACCGUGUUGGUGACGUCCGUCACGAAGACUGGACGGCUAACUUUGCGUCUGUGCGCACGGCUCUGGGAUGCGACUGGCCUGGAUACGUUGUCCACGAAGCGAUCGAAUGGAGUCCCAUCCGUCGUCAAUGGUUCAUCUUGCCUCGACGUGUGAGCAUGGAUCCAUACAAUGACAUGAAGGACGAGACGCGUGGCUCCAAUAAGGUCGUCAUUGCAAGUGAAGACUUUAGCAGCAUCCAGGUGCGCGAAGUCGGCAAGGUUACACCACUUCGCGGAUUUUCUUCGUUUAAGUUUCUGCCGCGAUCAGACGAUACAGUCAUUGUAGCUAUCAAAAGUGUGGAGGUGGAGGACGAAAAGAGACAGACCUCUUUUAUCACGGUGUUUGACUUGGAUGGAAACGUGCUCAUGAAUGAGACCGAAAUUCCUGGUGCCAAGAAGUACGAAGGUGUUGCAUUCUCGCAUGAUUGGUCUUCGACAAUGCUCGUUCCACAUUCGUGA